GAAGAGCGGGCACUCGUGCAGUCGUGCUCCACGACGCUCGAUCCGCACACUGUUUUACCUGUACGCGGCUAUCGGUCGGCAGGUAGCAGCCGCGAGCUACCGUGAAUCCGUCUCGCCGAUUACGAGCCAACCUGUCCGUGUCGGACGCGACGCGUCGCGUCGCGUCGCGGACGUUCCCCGCGUACACACGUCGCCCGUUUUUUAUUUCUCGCUCCGAGACUCGUGACUUACCAGACGACUUUAUCUUCCCGUCGGAGGCCUCGUCACCGGAACACAAAUGACCGGAGACGGGACCAACAUGGCGUACCAUGGCCUGAGUCAACACGUUAACUUCGACAUAAUACCGGAUCCAGGCGGGCGUUUUCAGUUGGAGGAACUAAUUGGCGAGGGCACGUACGGAGAAGUGUACGCCGCUUGCGACAAAGAAACCAAUAACAAGGUGGCCAUCAAAAUACUGGAGAAUGUCGCUGAUAACAUCGAGGAGAUUGAGGAGGAGUACCUGGUGCUGAGGGACUUGAGUCUACACCCGAAUAUUCCCCUCUUCCAUAGUUUAUUUCUGAAACGUGCCAGGCCCGGCCAGGAGGAGGAUCAAUUAUGGUUUGUGAUGGAGUUGUGCACCGGAGGCUCCGUGACCGAUCUCGUGCAGGGUCUCAAAAAACGCUGCAGCCGCUUAACGGACGACCAGAUAGCUUACAUCUUGAAGGAGACCGUCGAGGCUCUCAUCUUCUUGCACAGUAAUCAUUGCAUGCACCGCGAUGUGAAAGGUCACAAUAUCCUGCUAACGGAAGAGGCGCGCGUCAAAUUGGUCGAUUUCGGCGUGUCCUCGCACUUGGCCGCAACGCUUGCCAGGAAGAACACGUCUGUCGGUACGCCGUAUUGGAUGGCGCCGGAGGUAAUAGCCUGUGAACAGCAAUUGGACUCGUCGUACGACUCACGCUGCGACGUCUGGUCGGUCGGUAUCACCGCCAUCGAAUUAGCCGAGGGUGACCCACCCUUGUCGGAGUUGCAUCCCAUGCGUGCGCUCUUUCAAAUCCCCCGCAACCCACCGCCUUCGCUGAAGACCCCAGAAAUAUACUCGCCGGAAUUGACGGACUUCAUAGCCGAGUGCUUGGUGAAGGAUCUCGAGCAUCGGCCGUUUGCCAGCGAGCUGAGGGAGCACCCCUUGCUGACGAAUGUAGAGCCGCGAGUGGAGAGGAUCAGAGAACAGCUGAGGGAGGAGAUCCGCAGGCAGAGAGCGGAGGGUCGCGUUCACCGACAGCCGGAAGUGACCACUAAGCACGGCAAAUUGAAAACGGACCGCAAGACCAGGGCCGAAAAGAUGUACAUGGACGAUCUGGCGGCGCUCGACAUGCUAUCGGAAGAGGCAAUCGUCGAGCAAUUGCAGCACCGAUACGAGCAAACGCAGAUCUACACGUACAUCGGCGACAUACUCGUCGCAGUGAAUCCCUUCACUAAUCUUGGCUUGUAUACCGGCAUCGAGCAAAAACGAUACAAGGGACAAGCAAGAUCGGAUAAUCCUCCGCACAUAUUUGCGGUCGCCGACGCAGCUUAUCAAGCUUUGCUUCAUCAACGUCAGAACCAAGCGAUCGUUAUCAGCGGCGAGUCGGGAGCCGGCAAGACGGAGAGCGCGAAUCUGCUACUGAAGCAGCUCGUGUAUCUCAGCAAGGCGCCGAAUCGCAACCUGGAGGAGAGGAUACUUCAGAUCAAUCCUAUAAUGGAGGCGUUCGGCAACGCUACGACUGGUAUCAACGCCAACUCUUCCAGAUUCGGCAAGUACUUGGAUUUAACGAUGACAAAGGCCGGAAAAGUGACCGGUGCGCGGAUCUCAGUAUACCUGUUGGAGCAGUCCCGAGUGGUCGCUCAAGCCGAGGGCGAGAGGAACUUUCACAUUUUCCAUUACAUGUACGAUGGCCUAGAGGCGGAUGAUCGUCUCUCGGAAUUUUACCUCGACUCCAUGCUUCGAAGGUUUCAUCGAUACCUCUCACACCAUAAGCACACGUCGCAGACCCACAUCGACAAGUUUCAGCAGCUUAAGGUGGGUUUCAAGGUGCUUGGGUUUCAGGACAGCGAGGUGGACACGGUGUAUCGAGUGUUGGCCGCUAUACUGCAUCUGGGUGACAUCGAAUUCGCCGAGGUGGCGACCGAGGACAACACCGACAAUAAGAGCCGAGUCAUCAACACCGCUCCGUUGCAAACAGUUUCGAAACUACUCGGCGUCGAACAGAACGAUCUGCUGGAGGCUCUGACGUCAAACUCGGUCAUGACCAGAGGCGAAACAAUUACACGGAACAAUACAGUGGCCGAAGCCCGUACGGCGCGCGACGCCAUGGCGAAGGGUCUCUACGGUCGACUGUUCGAUUGGAUGGUCAACCAGAUCAAUUGUUUGCUGUGCUUCAACCGCUCGCCGAAUUACGAGCCGCUGGCGAUCGGGUUGCUCGACAUCUUCGGCUUUGAGAACUUCCCGAGGAACUCAUUCGAGCAGCUCUGUAUCAACAUAGCUAACGAGCAAAUACAGUACUACUUUAAUCAGCAUAUCUUCACUUGGGAACAACAGGAGUACAUGGCCGAGGGGAUACCCGUGGACCUGGUCGAGUUCUCCGACAACCGACCGGUGCUCGACAUGUUGCUCAGCAAGCCCAUGGGACUCCUGGCGCUUCUCGACGAGGAGAGUCGGUUCCCCAGAGCGACCAAUCGAUCUCUGAUCGAGAAAUUUCACAACAACAUUAAAUCCAAAUUCUACGUACGACCGAAGUCGGAUGCGGUGUGCUUCGCGAUUCAUCACUUCGCCGGCCGCGUGGUCUACCAGGCCGAGGGCUUUCUCGAGAAGAAUAGAAACUUUCUGCCUCCCGAGGUCAUUCAACUGGUGCGACAGUCGCAGUACGACAUGGUCCGUUUCCUGUUCCAAUGCCCGAUCACGAAGACCGGUAAUCUGUACUCGGCGCUGCAGGAGAACGACUCGAGAAAAUCGCACUCGAACCAGAACACGAAGGAACGUUACUCUAGUCGCGGCUUGGCGUCGCAGUCCAGAGCUCAGCAAACGGUGGCGACGUACUUCCGGUAUUCGCUGAUGGACUUGCUGCAGAAGAUGGUGUCCGGCUCGCCUCAAUUUGUGCGAUGCAUCAAACCGAACGAUUCGAGAAGCCCGCGCUACUUCGACAAGGACAAGGUCAUCAAGCAGCUGAGGUACACCGGCGUCCUCGAGACGAUACGUAUCAGGCAGAAUGGAUUUUCUCACAGAAUACCGUUCAACGAGUUCCUCAAAAGAUACUGUUUCCUCGCCUUUGGCUACGACGAACGCGUGGUCGCCACUCGCGACAACUGCCGACUGCUUCUGGUACGCCUCAAGAUGGACGGCUGGGCGUUAGGCAAGACGAAAGUCUUCCUCAAGUACUACCACGUCGAAUUUCUCUCGAAGCUCUACGAGGAACAGCUGCGAAAGAUCAUCAUGGUGCAGGCGUGCGUCCGCCGGUGGCUCGCGAAGAUGAGAUUCAAGAAACAAAAGUGGCAAUUCGCCGUGUCGGUAGUCACGUUGCAGCGUCACAUUCGAGGAUGGCUGUCGCGAAAGCACACGGAAGAGAUGUUGACUCGGAAACGCGCGGAGAAUUCCUUGAAUAUUGCACGAGAUGAGGCGAAACUCAAAGCGCAGGAAAGCAUCGAUAUAAAUAAACGUGUCAGGCCGCAAAAGGAACGCAGGAACCUGGAGAAGGACGACGCAGCGGUCAUCAUACAGAGUCAUUUCCGCGGUUACACCAUCCGCAAACGUUUCGGCUACGAACUGGAGGAGCGUUUCAAGAGAAUCUUGAACAACUACGACGACAUCUACGACGGCCACAAGGCGUUACUGCGCGAAGGACUGAAGCACGACGACGCUGCUCUUAUCGUGCAGAGAUGGUACAAGAAGGAAGAGAAGGUGGUCAGGAGGAAACCGAGCGCGAAGGACCCAAUACAUCCUAAGUUGCGACAAGCAGACUUGAUUCAGUUCUCUCAGAAUGUGCACAUGAAGAAUCAGGAGGUGCACAAAAAUCUACGUCGCAACAAGCCCGGCAUCAGAUUAAGUAACAUCGAGGAGCCACCGCCUGACUACGUGCGUCCUGAAGGAUUCAACAUGGUACAGUCGAUACUGCAAUACCGCAGUGGUAUACAACCAGAGGACAACACCGUCAAGUACUACCGGGACCUGAAGGAGGAAAUGAGCAGUGGUUCGGAAUUCGAAGACGACGAAGUUGGCUGGGACUUACCGUUGAUACGUCUAGAAAAUGACCUCCACUCAUCGUCGAGGAAUCGAAGUGGACAGAUUCUGGAAGUAAAUGCCGAAAGAAGGGAUCGUGUAGCACAGGGCGACUUUGCGGUGGCGCCGGAGAAACAUCUGUCAGAGAUCUGGCACAAGGCCCUGAGACAGCCGAACGAACAGCUCGAAAGCGAAAGCUCCAAGAAGAACGUCAGUACAAGGAUUAAUGACCUGCAUACUGUGCAACCGCAAGCAACUAAACAACGUGAACCUGACUCUCCGCAUAUCUACGAUCCAGCUGGCCUACGAAGCGUGAUCGAUGAUCGAUAUAACGCCGCAAACGAACGACAGAGCGACAGAGCGACUUCCAAUGGACAAAAUCUCGUUAACGGUUACCAUAAUCCCAUCAACGAGCACCACACCUCGGUCAACGGUUACGGCAACCGCCAGACACCCCACAAGGCAAAUAGUGGCGUAGCAAAGAGCCAAGUGAAUAUUUCGAGCCUGCCAAGCGAAUUAACCAACGGCUCGGUGACUACCAACGGUACCGAGAAGACAGCGGAUCGGUCGAGUCCUAGACAGAACGGUCAUGCGGUGAUGAACCACCAAAGCAACGUGGAUCACAAGAACGGUAUCAACCGGCUGAGCGAAGCGAGCGAGAAGCUGACGGAUCGCAAGCAGUUACAGAAAGAAGACACGUUCAACAUCGCUGCUAAUCUCCGGCAGCUACUGAGACCCACCGUGAUCGAGAAGCGACAAGAGAUCACCAAGGUCGAGUACGACACGGAAGACAUUAAUGGGCCAUAUAAUUUCAGACAGUUGCUCAGGCCGACAGGAUACUUGCCGACCGAAUCGCUGAGAAAGAGAAAAGGGGAACUCGUUUCCAACCGAGUCCCGUUGCCGAAGGAUAAAGUUCCGGAGAAGCAUGUGAAGAGAAGAGCGCCGUUGGCACCGACCCAGAACAAACUGGUGAACGGGAAGAAGUGAUGUCGCUUUGUGUCACUUAACAAGUUAGUUUCGAGGGCUCUUUCGUUUCAGGAAGAUUUCACCUCGCCGAGUACGAUCCCGUGUCUGAUGGACGAGUCGACGAAACCGCGUUGUGGAGUACUGAGCAUCGAUCUGUUAAUUAGUUAAUUAGUUAAUUUAUAACAAUGAGAGAGAGAGAGAGAGAGAGAGAGAGACCAUAUUAUCGAGAGAGUUACAUCCAUUAUAUAUUAUUUAUUAUCGUUCCCUUGUUCCCUUGUUGAGGAUCUAUGAGAGUUAGCCACUGUCUAGAACUAGUCACAUUUAGCUUUACUUCAAGUAGAUGUUCAUCAUCGAUGUAGGUACAAAUAAAUUAUGCUCGUUAAUUAUUCGUACGAUUAAUCGAAAAUAUGCCAAAACAUUGGCGGGAUAUUUCGUUCAAGAUAACAGACCAGAUGUUGCAACAAUUUCUCGGUACAUUUACCCAGAAGCUUACUUCGUAAACUAUCUUUCCUAAACCACCCUUCGAUCAAAUUCGAUUUUCCUCGACCUCAAUUUUUCAACCACCUUUCCUUCACAAUAAACCAAAUUUCAGCUAUGGCAGCUUUGUUUGUUGGGCGACCAAACGAUCUACCCUUUUUUUUCUUCCUUCCUUUAAUUCAUCAAACAUAAACUAUAUGCACAAUUGACUUCAAUUGGGUUUGGGCAUUUUUCUUCUCUCGAUGCGCUUUGGACGAUUCAAUGAAAGAACUUAAUUUUUAGAGAUUGACUAAAAAGCAAUUCUCUCUUUAUAUCAUCGAUUGCAUCUCAAACUUCACCGAAAAAAAGCAGUGAUCUUUAUAAUAAGCUCUUUCCAUUUAGUGAGACAAGAAUCACCUUAUCUCUGUUACUCACUGAAUGCGGAACAAAAACAUAAUGAUGCUUGUCGAUUUGCGCUAUUAAAUACUAAAUACCCCAUCAUACUGAAGCGAGCCUUUCAUAGAUGAGUGCUGAUUAUAUUGUCAUCUUUAUCAUCAACACAACCCUCAGCAUCUGAAACGAGAUAGAUACAUAUCGGAUAUAUUCGCACAUUGGAGUGAAGGAAACAAAAGAAUCAAGAGCAAAAGGAAUAAAGCUAAACCGAAUAGAUCCGAUACUUCGCUAUGGUCUGAAGAUUCAUUUCAGUACAUCAUAGAAAACUUAAUAGAAAAUAAAAGUGUUGAAACCAU